CUCUUUUAAAGCUUCAAACAUUACAUCUUCGACGUUCCUUGAUGGCUUUAAUUUUCAAAAAAAAAACGACAAAAAGUAAUACGUAUUUUCAGUAUGCCAAUUACAAGUUGUCUAAUCUCGACGUAUUGUUUUCUUUUUAUAAAUAUCACACUUCCAUCGAUAAAUUUAACUUAUAUCAAAGAAGACAACGAGUCCUUGAAAUCAUGGUGAACAUGUUAUUGCAUGAAUUAUGCCGUGAUGCUACUGAAAAUAUUGUGAUGAUGCUUAAACAAGGGAGAAGUUACUAGGGAUCUUUCUGGCAGAAUCAAUCGAUGAACUUAACACAUAAAAGGUUUGUAAUUAAUGUGUCACAUACAUUUUUAACCGAGAGCAAAUGCCAAAGGUUAAAGUGUAUACCUGUCUGUACAAAAUGUAAUACACUCUGUCAGCAAGACAUAUUACCACAAAAAAAAUCUAUAAUGAAAAUCUCUACGUUCGUCUGGAAAGGCAACAGUAGGCUAAAAGCCUACAGUAAAAAUUAAACAUAGAACUCAUAAUCGUUAUAACAAAUACAGUUGUCUUCUAGAAGGCUUCAGAUUAAUUAUUACAGAAGAAAAAAAAAAACAAC